CUCGUCUAAAAACUCGUUUGAGAAAAACUCGUCUAAGCAUUGAGAAUCUGCUUUUCCGCCUGGAGGGAACUUUAUUCUUUGGACUGUAACUUGAUAUUUUUACCAAAUAUUCCCAAAAAUUGAAGCUUUGAGAAAAUGUAAUAAAAAUAUGCAUUUUUCCUCUCCUAAUAUCAACAACUUAUCGAUCUUCCACCAACAGAACCAGCCAUUUCCAUUUCGCUCUUUGGACGUUCGAGAUAAUAACAACAACAAAAAACCCCGAUCUUCAAGUAUUAGUAGUAGGUAUUGCAUAAAUAAAAGCUAAUCCACCCUUUCCACCCAAGCGCCGGGAAAGCAGCGAAAACAGCACCCCAAAAGCAACAUAACAAAAACAAACCUUUAUUUCGGUUGUUGUCGUUGCGCACGUGCAAUGGUGGUGGGAAUUCAGAUUGGGCUCUCCCACCACACCGAAAAUGCAAACCAAAAAAAAAAAACACUUCGUUGGUUGCAAAAGUGAAAAGUGAAAUGCGAACAGCACACGAGGCCACGCUUGUAUGGAGAACCCCAAGACGAUCGUGUGGGUCGUGUGUGGAUCGGUGAAGUCAUCGCUGUCCUGGAUGGUGGUUUGUUGGUGGGGAGAAUUGUAGCGUUUGCUCCGGCGCCGGUAUUACCACAUGGCGGCCGAUACCGGAAUUGACUCCAGCGCAGUCGAUGCUCGGGAACGGUGAAGUCAACAUGCGAUCGGUAUCCGGUCACGAAGUGGCUGCACGAAAGUGGGUUAGUGUGAUCAAGUCGGAAGGUAGGAUGCGUCGUGCGGUACCGCUGGUGGUGCAGUGUUUGUUGCUGCUGAUCGUAACCGAUCGUGCCAGUGCUAUCAGCUAUCGGAAGGAUACGGGAUUCGUAACGGAUGGUAUGGAUCAGUUCGUGUUCCGGGAACCUUCGGCGAGUGCGAGAGAUCCUCCCUCCGGUGAACAGUUUACACCCAUGUACACACACAUCAACCCACAGGUGAAGCGUUCCGGAAGGGUCCGUUUCAGUGACAAUCCCGACACCGCACCGUUUAACGGUGGCGUGAAGAAUAAUUUCUUCGGAACAGGAUCCGUAGCUAGCGGAGGUUCAUCACCAGCUGGAUCACCAUUUGUACACCGCGAUCGUGACAGUGAUCAGUUCUAUACGGUCGGUGCCUCGAUACAGUUUGCGGGUAGUGGUGGCGAUACAAUCACACCGCCACCACCGAUCGCUCCGGUAAACAGUCAGCAGAAACCGAAACGAAAGAAGAACAAGUACAAGUAUGUAGCGAAUGAUAAGAUCUACAAUGCGGGCGAUGGUUCGGAACAGGGUCAGUUUUCUCCGUACGCUACCUACGGAGAAUCACAGCGAUAUUCUUACCCGCUGCAAGGCAACUAUCUGACACCGAAUGGAGCACGUCCGCAGGGUGCACAGUAUGAUCCAACUAUGAUAAACUAUCCUGAGCUACAGAAGCAACAGUAUCCGUUUAGCAUUGGAACACAAUUCCCCGGCAGUAACUAUUACAACAGCCAGCAACAGACAGUGCCCGGUGGGGGAACUGGUCCUUACAAUCCUUACCAGUACCAAUACCCAGGAACUUACGCAUCAGAUUCACCGUACACCAACAAUCCUUAUCAACAAGGAUUCUACCCACCACAACCACAACAACAAAUACCCAGUUCUUCAGGUUUUGGACAACCGCCCAACGCACAAAGUAUUCUCGGAGUGCUGCAAAGUAUCUUCAAUUUUGCCCCAGGUACAUUCGGUUCGCUCACACCCGCCCCAACACGUCCCCCCGGUACUGCGUUCUCAAAUCCCCAAGGACCCGCUAGUAGUUUUGGUGGCGUUGGUGGACAGUUACGACAAGCGUUAGAUAACAUUUCCGAAAAUGAUGAACUACAGUGCGUUCCGAAGCUGGUCUGCAUGAUGUCUCGCAGUUCCAGUGGGCAAGGAUUUAGUAGCUAUGUGAACAGGGGUCUACUGUCCACCAUUCUCAGUGCCGUUCCGGACAGCUCACCAUGGUUAAAGUUUUCGCGGGCAGCACUGCUGGGUUAUGGAAUCGGAGCAAACAGCUGCGAUGCUUACUAUCCCAAGUGUCCGAAGGAUGAGAUGGAGAUUCUCUACUACUUGAACAAUCAUCGGGGUGGAUUUUUCCGGUUCUUUAGUAACGGUGAACAAGGUCAACAGCAGCAGCAGCAGCAAUAUGGGUAGAUACCUCUACAAAACAAAAGGAAUCAUUGAAUGUUUAGUGAUGAAACCAAACUAAAAAAACAAAUGACCGCAAGACCGUACGACUACAAUAAUGUGCCAAUCAACGGGUUGAGAUAGGACAAAAGCUUCCGUUGUUUGUUCGCUCUCGUCUGUUCCAUACGCAAUCUUAUUUAUUGUUCGGCACUAGCACGAAAUACAUGUGUCCCUGUUUAUGUACAUACCUACCAGAAAGCAUGUAAAGAAGGUGCUGCAGUUUUUUUUUUUUAUUUAGAGAGUGUUACCCAAAUCUAGUGUAACUAAUGUGGCGCCUACUGUUGUGGGAAAGUGAUUUAAAGUGGAAACGCUUGGCUGUGGGAAAGUUGGGCUACUUUGUUAUCACACACGCUGCUGCAGUCCACAUUUCAACGCUAGCAAGCAAGUGGCGGGAAAAGCGUUCGAUUGUGUUUUCGCACAAACCAUUCACACAUGUUUAUGCAAUCGAUUAACGAUGUGUUUUUUAAAUCUUCUAUUUAACUGCGCGAUAUUUUCAAUAAUGAACCCACUGUGUCGGUAAAAAUGGUUGUUAAAAAUAUUGAAACAAUAAAUUUAAAUUAAAAAUGAUCUUAAAAAAAAUUAAUCAUUGACUGUUGUUAAAUUACAAUAAUUUCAUAAGACCAUUCAUCAGCCAAAAAAUUUCGCUUUGCAUAUAUCUGCAGCACCAAUGGGCA